AAAGUAACGAGUUAUAUUUCGCUAUUUGCGAAUUUAGUGAACUGUUAUAAUUUCGAAUUAAAAUUUUUUAGACAGUUACACGGGUUUAAUAUUACUUUACUGUCUAACUGUUAGUGUAAUUGUAUCAUUAAUUAAUAUUAUCAUUGACAGCAAUUUGUCGUACGUAGGUGAUUGUAUUCUAUCAAAAAUGGAAAGCGAUGAUGAACAUCCACAGCUCUCAUCUGAAACUCUUCUAGCUCUACAAGAAUUUUAUAAUGAACAAGCAGCAAAGCUGUCUCAAAAAGGUGGCAAUGGAAACUUUGACGUAGAUGAAGAUUGGCAACUCAGCCAAUUUUGGUAUGAUGAUAAGACUUCAGAAAUUUUAGCAAUGAAAACUCUUAAUGUGACUGGGCCAUUUGGGAGGAUUGCCUGUAUUUCCUGUCCUUCAGUUUUCAAAAAACUGCAGAAUUUGAAACAAAAAGAAGUGACUACUCAUCUCUUGGAAUAUGAUCGAAGGUUUGACGUUUACACAGAUAAUUUUAUAUAUUAUGACUUCAACAAACCGUUAAAUCUUCCAAAGUCAAUGAAAGAAAACUAUGAUGUUGUUCUGGCAGAUCCUCCCUUUCUCUCUAAAGAAUGCUUGGAAAAGACUUCACUAACCAUUCAAUAUCUGGCAAAGGACAAAAUUAUUUUAUGUACUGGUGCAGUAAUGGAGGAUGAUGCAAGAAAACUACUGGACAUUCAACCAUGUAAUUUCUCACCCCAGCAUGCAAGAAAUCUUGGCAAUGAGUUUAAAUGCUUUGUAAAUUUUGACUUUGAUAGUAUUGAAAUCACAAAUGGGGAAAGAUAAUGUCAUAUACAUGUAACAAAUGUACAAAUAAAACAGUUUAUUGCAUGUGUUUCUUCAUU